AGUAUUUACGCCACUUCCGCUAGUUCUAACACCGCGCCACCGGAGAGAGCAGCAGAUAAACAACCGCGUCUCGACACCGAAAGUUCUUUGUUCAUCUUUAGCAUCAGCAUCAGCUAAACGCUUAAACACCACGAUGUCCGAUAAGAUGAGUAUGUCUCUGGACGACAUUAUCAAGCUGAAUAAGAAAGGCGGCGGCGGCGGAAGCGGCCGCGGAGGAAGAUCGUCGGGGCAGGGUGGAGGUUCUGGUCGGGGUGGUGGAUCGUCGAGGCCGGUGCGGAGUCGACAGAAUAACUUCAACCAUGAGAGAAACAACAGAACCACACCGUACACCAGGCCCAGAGAGCUACCAGACAAAUGGCAGCACGACAUGUUUGAGGAGCACGCUGGUGGACGCAGAGGACAGAGUGCCGGAGCAGAAAGAAGUGUAGAAAGUAAUGGCAAGCUGCUGGUGUCCAACCUGGACUUUGGCGUUUCUGACUCUGAUGUCAAGGAGUUGUUUGCAGAGUUUGGGGAAUUACAAAAAGCGUCUGUACACUACGACCGGUCUGGUCGCAGUAAAGGAACUGCAGAUGUUCACUUUGAAACUAACGCAGAAGCACUCAAAGCCAUGAAGCACUAUAACGGUGUCCCACUUGAUGGCCGUCCUAUGAAAAUCCAGCAAGUGACUUCAGAAGUUGACACACAAAGUAGACAAUCUACACAAAGUUCAAAUAAAGGGUUUGACCGCAGCCGGCUUGGACAGCCCAAGUUUGAAAGGACUGAAAGGAGUGAUCGGGGCGACAGGGGUGACAGGAGAGAAAGAAGGCAAGGUGGUGGCGGUGGAGGUUUCAGAGGAAGAGGGGGAAGAGGAAGCAGACCUCAACUUUCUGCAGAGGAGCUGGAUGCCCAGUUGGAUGCUUACAAUGCAAAGAUGGACACCAGUUAGAAGCCGUCAGAAAGGAUGCUGCUCCUGCCCCCCCUUUUUUUUUUGGUUAAAUCUGGUUGACCGGAUAUGAUGGAUCGGACCUUAUUACACUUUUUGUUGUGUUUUUAAGCCAUUUUAUUGUAUGGACCAUGAUAUUCUGUUGGUUUUAAUAUUUCUCUGUAUUUUUGUAGCCAAUAUUUUUCUGGAGCAGUUUUAUGUUUUGAGAAUUUUUCUCCUAGGCCGCCAGCUCCUGUGCUCUUUUUCAAAUGUAUGGGCAAUUGCCGUAGACCUGCAACAUAAUAGAUUUUUUUUUUUCUUAAAUCACAUAAACAUGAGUCAAUGGUUUGAAAGACUGUAUAAUGUAAUGUUAAAAAUGCAAAUGUACCUAAGUUCUGUCAUUUGGUACUGUAUACUUGACACAUGGACAUAUUUCAAAGGGUUUUGUACAUAAAUAAUUAUAUUGAAUAGUCUUUCUGGUGUUUUGUUUAUUUACAGGUUUCUCUUCCCGAGACAAAAUGCUGUUGCUCUUCACUGACAGUGUCCACCUGUUUUAUUAAAAAGAAUAAAAACAGAAUUGUCAUA